AUGGAUUUGGUAACUGAUGUUAAUUUAUCAAACUUAGAAAAAGAAAUAAUUACGGCUAAAGAUGAUAAUGAAUUUGCUCCUGCUUCGAAUACUACUACAACUGAUACAGAACAAAAAUUAUCGAAAAGACAAUUGAAACGAUUAAAAAAGAAAGAAAAAUGGUUGUCUCUGUUGUCAGAAAAAAGGGCAAAGGAAAAACACAAAUUAAAAUUAAAAAGGCAAGAAGCGAGGGAGAAAAAUAUUAAAUUAGGUCCUACGAGAAAAGAAUUAAAAAAUUCAAAAAUGUCCACAAGCAAUUGUAAACAAAAGGUGGUUCUUGAUUUUUCUUUUGAUCAUUUAAUGUCUUCUAAAGAUAUUGCCAAAUGCAUAAGUCAAGUUCUUAGGUGUUAUAGCCACAAUAGGAGAUCUAAAAACCCAUUGCAGUUUUAUGUAGUGAAUUUUAAUGGUCUAUCUAUGAAAGAAAUGGAAAAGCAUAAUGGUUACCAAAAGUGGGAUGUGUUUUUCCAUUCAGAAAGUUAUCUUGACUUAUUUAAUAAGGAUUCUCUUGUUUAUUUAACAAGUGAUUCUGAAAAUGUAAUUAAUCAAUUAGAUGAAAAUAAAGUUUAUAUAAUAGGAGCACUUGUGGAUCAUAAUUCUCAUAAGGGGCUUUGUCAUGAGAUAGCAAUAAAACAAGCCAAAUUAAUAUCACUUUCAUUAGUAAAAUGGCGUAAAGUUACAAAAGAAUUAUUUUAUCAAAAAUAUUUUUGUGCAUUUAUGGAAAAAUUAAAAAAAAAAUUACCUGUCGUAAUGUUAGUGUCCAUACUUAUAUCGUCUAAGAGUAAAUCAUUGAGAUCUUCAUGA